CUUCACGAUAGAGAAACAACAGUGUGCAUCAGACGAGGACAAAGAGAUGAAUCACAACGCAAAAGCUUAAGAAGACCACAAGGCAAAUUGCGUUCAUGUCCACCGUCGAACGUUUGUUGCAUCCGAGUAGCUUAUUUAAGUGCUGAGCUCCAAAGACCUGGUUCUCGGUGGUAUCCAUAUCUCGGAGCUAUCUUCUUCACCUCCUUUCUCUCCUCUAGAUCUUUCUCCGCCUCACCAUCCCUCUCUCUCUCUCUUGCUCAGUCCUCACAGAUUGAUUAUUUGAAGUCCACCGUACAGCCGAAAGUUGUCGAGCAGUAGCUGAAGCUUCAAAUGGAUGACAAAGGCUACACAAAGGAUGGAUCAGUUGAUCUCCAUGGCCGCCCUGUGCUUGCUUCUCAGACCGGGAGAUGGAGAGCUUGCGCCUUCCUCGUCGGCUAUGAAGCUUUUGAGAGGAUGGCCUUCUACGGCGUGGCCUCAAACCUUGUGGUGUACUUGACGACGCAGCUGCAUGAGGACACAGUCUCGUCCGUGAGGAACGUCAACAACUGGUCCGGCUCGGUCUGGAUCACGCCCGUCCUCGGCGCUUACAUCGCCGACACCUACUUGGGCCGGUUCUGGACCUUCACCAUUUCCUCCCUCGUUUAUGUACUGGGAAUGGUUCUCUUGACAAUGGUAGUUUCCAUCAAGUCGUUGAGGCCGAGUUGCACUGACGACGUCUGCAACAAGGCUACGCCGUCGCAGAUCGCGUUCUUCUACGGGGCCCUGUACAUCCUGGCGGUUGGCGCUGGGGGGACGAAGCCCAACAUAUCCACUUUCGGCGCCGACCAGUUCGACGACUUCGACCCCCACGAGCGGACGCUGAAGGAGAAUGUCGGGUGGGGCGUCGGGUAUGGCAUCCCUACCACGGGGCUCGCCGUCUCACUCGUGGUCUUCUACAUGGGCACUCCCAACUAUCGACACAAGGCUCGGAAGAGCAAUAGCCCGGCGGCGGAGAUGGCCCGGGUUUGGGCGGCGGCCAUUGCCAACCGCCAGCUUAAGCUGCCCGACGACCCGGCCGAGCUCUACGAGCUCGAGCCGCAGCAUUACUUGCUCACCGGCAAGCGGCGACUGCACUAUAACUCUUCCUUCAGGUUCCUUGACAGGGCAGCCAUUAAGGAAGCCGCCAAGCCAUGCACAGUGACGCAAGUCCAAGAGACGAAGCUUGUGCUGGGCAUGACGGUGAUCUGGUUCGCCACCCUCGUCCCCAGCACCAUCUGGGCCCAGGCGAACACGCUGUUCGUGAAGCAGGGCACCACAAUGGACCGCCGCCUCGGCCACGGAUUCCUGAUCCCCGCCGCCUCCCUCGGCAGCUUCAUCACCGUCUCCAUGCUCCUCGCCGUGCCGCUCUACGACCGCUACUUCGUGCCCUUCAUGCGGCGCCGCACCGGCAACCCCCGCGGCAUCACCCUCCUGCAGCGCCUCGGCGUCGGCUUCGGUUUCCAUGUCCUGCUCACCCUCGUCGCCUACGCCGUCGAGGUCCGCCGGAUGCACGUCAUCAGGCAGAGCGGCGUUGCCGGGCCGGGGGACGUGGUGCCCAUGAGCAUCUUCUGGCUGCUGCCGCAGUACGUCCUGCUCGGUGUCGGCGACGUGUUCAACGCCAUCGGGCUGCUGGAAUUCUUCUACGACCAGUCGCCGGAGGGCAUGCAGAGCCUCGGGACGACGUUCUUCACCAGCGGCAUCGGCGUCGGCAACUUCCUCAACAGCCUCUUGGUGACGGUGGUGGACAGGGUGACGAGGGCGGGAGGGGGGAAGAGCUGGAUAGGGAACAACAUCAACUCAUCGCACUUGGACUACUACUACGGCCUCCUGAUGUCCGUGUCUGCCAUCAACCUGGGCAUCUUCGUGUGGGUGUCGAGCAAGUACACGUACAAGGAGGAGGCGUUGGAGGUGGCGGAGGGGAAGGUGGUGUGCCUGCAGAUGGAAGGGAAGGUCAUGGACGCGCCUCCAGCUUCACUUGGGGUUCAAGUGUGACACCGUGCUGGACUACUAUUAUGCGUAGAUGCCAACUCCUCUCUCUUCUUGUACUAAUCAGUGUGCAAUUAUUUCUGUAAUCGAGAGUCAAAACCACAGAACUUAUAUAUGAGACUAAAUACCAAAUCGUGUCUUACGUA